AGCAGUCAACAGAGCCACACGCGCGCGCGCGCGGGGCACGGCACGGCACAGCACAGAGGCGGGCGGCCAUCAUGGCGCCAGCCUCCUCCUCGCUCCCCGUCCUCCUGUGCCUCCUCUUCUCCUCCCUGGCCGCCGCGGCCAUGGACGCCGCUGAGACGGAGACGCUGCUCCGCGUCAUGGAGGCCGUGUCCUCCGACCGCGACUGGCGCUCGGCCGCCGGCGCCGACCCGUGCAGCUCGCCGUGGCCGGGGCUCGAGUGCAAGCCGGCGCAGUCCGGCGGCGCGACGAGGAUGCACGUCGCGCGGCUCGACUUCGGCGUGCUGCCCAACCCGACGUGCAAAGACACGGCCACCUUCCCGCUCGGCGCGUUCGCGCUGCCGCACCUCCGGGCCCUGUUCAUCGUCGACUGCUUCAAGAACCCGGACGCUACCACGGCAUUCACCCUGCCGCCGGCGUCCAACCUCUCGGCUUCCCGCCUGCAGCAGUUCAGCAUUCACUCCAACCCGUCGCUGUCCGGCACGCUGCCGCCGCAGCUGGCCAGCCUCAGUUCGCUCCAGGUGCUCACCGUCUCCCAGAACGCGCUAAUCCGCGGUGAGGUCCCGCAGGGCAUCGGCGAGCUCAAGAACCUGGUGCACCUCGACCUCAGCUACAACUCGCUCACCGGGCCUAUCCCGAGCCGGCUCGGCGACCUACGAGGCUUGGUCGGCCUCGACCUCAGCUAUAACUCGUUCUCUGGCCCCAUCCCUAGCCGGCUUUGCGAGCUCACCCAACUGCAGAAGCUGGACCUGAGCUCGAACAACCUCACCGGUGGGGUGCCGGGCACCUUCACCCGCCUGAAGUCUCUCACAUUCUUGGCGUUAAGCAACAACGGGCUGCGUGGUCGCCUCCCCACCGGCUUCUCCGGCCUCCGCGACCUCCAGUAUCUUAUCAUGGAGAACAAUCCGAUGGGCGUCCCGUUGCCGUCCGAGCUGGGCAACAUGGCGCGGCUCCAGGAGCUCCGGCUGGCCAACUCCGGCUGUUCGGGCUCGAUACCGGAGACGUUCAGCCUGCUGUCGAGCCUGACGACGCUGUCGCUGGAGAACAACAACCUCACCGGGAGGAUCCCGGCGGGGCUGAGCCGGCUCAAGCGCAUGUACCACCUGAACCUGAGCAAGAACGGGCUGGACGGCGUCGUGCCAUUCGACGGCGCCUUCCUGAGGCAGCUCGGGCGGAACCUCGACCUGAGCGGCAACCCUGGGCUGUGCGUCACCGACCGGGCCGUCGUGCCUGACGUGGGCGUCGGCGUCUGCCCCGACCGCGUCUGCGUUAGAUCCGCCGCCGCGGAGAGCUCGGUGCGUCGAUUGAUCAAGGGUGAGGUAACGAGGGGUCUCUGGCCUCGGCUGCUGCUCAGGCCGGCCUCUGUAGCGCUGUGCUGCCUCUUGCUCUGAACUCUGAUUCUGUCAAGUGUCAAGCGUGCGUGCAUGCAAUUGUUUGCGCAUGGACUUGCAUAGUUGCAUUGGUUGAUCUGUGUACGUAAUUGUGUUGCUGUAACUUUUGAUGCUGAUUGUGUGAGCAAUGUUAGUUGAGUCUCGUGACAAGAAUUCCAAGU